AUGAUGUAUCGAUCUUACGCCCUUCUAGGGCUUACCGUUUGGCUGGUGUCGGGGCUGGUCUUCUCAAGAGCCAGCGAUGACGCCAGCUGUGCAUCUGCUCCGUCUUCCGGACAUUCUCCAUCCCUUCUGGCAGUGAAAGCAGAGACUCACUCGGUCGCCGGCCUUGCCGUCGAAGAUGCAAAGCCGGUGAACUCUACGAAUGUGAGCAAUGCUACCAAUGUGACGCUGGAAGGGCUGGUCAAGCACAACAUUGCGGACAACAUGAACGAGAUCAACGCAAUGCCGAAGUUGGAGAACCGGAGCGAUGAAGUCAAUGCAAGCAACGUCACCGGUGGAAACAGCACAAAGAACACCACGACCAACGGCACAUCGGUCAACGGCACAAAUGGCACCUCUGAAGCUCGUGGCUCUGCUAGACCUCGGCACGGCUUCGGAGAGCUGGCAGUCAACUUGGAGUUCAUCACGCUGAAGUUGGCGCAGUUGGAGACCGUCGCGGAGCUGCAACAAGUCGAGAUCCACAAGCUCCUCAAGAAGGUCGACGAGCAGGACAAGGAGAUCAAAAGUCUGAAGGCCCAGGCCGGCACACCCGAGCCGACGCCGAGCUUUGCCCAGGAAGCGCAGGAGAGUCGCGUGGCAGAGGCGCAGUCCGUUUUCAAGAAGGUGGUGCAGAAGCAUCUGCACCAAAGGCAGAAGCGAGAGUUUGUCACGCCGUUUUCAGGCAAAGCCACGCCUUCCUCACCGAAGCCUUCGAAGGCUCGGGCCAAGGCGACCAAGGGCCACGAGGCAAUGAUGCAGCGGUCAUCGCAUGCUCGAGGCAACCAGACUUCCCUGGACACGGCGGUGUCUGCCAAGUUCAUAGACGACGUCGUGGACUCUGUGAGUGACGUUGGCGGUGCUGCGCUUGGCACCAUUACGGAUGGAACUGGCAUGAUUGGAGAUGCCCUGGGUGAUGCGUAUGAGCACGCUUCAGACCAGAUUUCCUUUGUCGCGAACACUGUCAUCGACACUGUGGAGAUGGCCGUGACCAUCCUUCUUCGUGGCUUUACGGACUGGGAUGCUGCUUGUCCUGACAUGCAGUGGCCCAGCAUGACCGUGAACUCCAAUGGGCUCUACGUUGACUGGGGCAAGCAGUACUGCUACAUCAGGCUCAUGGGCCAGAGCAUCACGCUCCUCGACUUCGACUUCGGGGACACGAACCUUAACUGGCCGGAGCCUAUCAAGACAGUCACACGCUAUGGCCUCGAGCCCAUUAAGGCGGUGGUGAAUAUCGGCCGCGAGGUCGUUAGCUGCGCCACGGAGGGAUCCGUCACAGAUGUCUUUAAGUGCUUCGGCAACAAGUUGCUGGAAGUCGUUCCGCCACUGAACUUCCUGAAUCGCAUCGGUGACAUGAUUCAGGAGUUCAUUGAGGUAUUCGCGCACAUUGCCACCGCUAUCAUCAACACCAUCUUGAAGGACAGCAGCUCGCUGAUUCAGACUGCCGUGAACUCAAGCUUCCCAGCCGUCGGAGCUCCGCCCCUGGUGCACCAUUCGGGGAGGAAUCUCGUCGUCAAGACUCAUGCGCAACGACGCCCCGGUUCCCAGAGCUCCCAGCCUGGGCAGGGCUCGGGCCCAGUGGGCGCUGCACAGGUGGAUGCGAAGCGUCAGCGGGUCAGAAAGGACGAUGACGACGACGACUCGGAUGGUGGCAUCACUUUUGAGAUCCACGACAACGAGGCCAACUACGCCACGAAGCUCAUCACACAGUUUGCUGGCAAGGAGACCGACACCAGCAGCUGCUUAGCUUUUGCGCCGAAGACUCGUCGGGGUACCAACAACAAGGUGACGAAGCGUGAUUGGCAAGUUGGCCCUGGACAGGAUUUCAUCCAACUGGAGCCUUGGGCAGUUCCAUGUGACAAUUCCUGGAUGCAGGAAAAUCCUGACAAGUGGGAGGGCUACUCCUUCUACACAUGGGAAUCUGCCAUCGAGAAGUGCGUGACUGUGAGCUACAGCAUGUCCACUCAGCCUGUGCUGGCCUUUGUUGGCGGCUUGGAGUUCGAUCUACUCCCGUCUCCGCUGACAGAGAUGGAGACCACGGUGUGUUGGCCGGACAAGCAGCCGGGUGGCGUUGACCUCAGCGUCCUUCGCACGGUGAUUCUGUCUGGGGGGGUCCAGCUCUUCAGCCGCACUCUCCGCCUGACUAAGCGCUUUGGCAGCAACACGGAUUUCGAGCAGGGCAACAUCUUCCCUGCACACGAGACAUGGCGGAACCCGAUUGGCAUUGCCACCGGCACCCACGGAGUCGAAGAUGACCGGUCCCUCGAAGCCAUGGACAGGGAGGCGCCGGGGGCGUUGCUUCAGAACGACACGACACGGACACGGAGCCGGCCUUCAAAGAAGCAAGAUCUGCACUGGAGCGAAGAGGAGGUUUCGCUGGCCUCCAUGCUCUACGAUCGAUUUAUGAACAAGAGCUUCACGAAAGAAUUGCGGGGCAAGGAUGCGCGAGAACAGCUCCGGCUAAUGCAGCAGGAGGUGCAGAGUGACUUCCAACUCUUCAGCUUCAGCAACCCGGGCCUCGUCUCCUUCAACAUCCGGGGAAUUUUAUCCAACAACAACCUACAGAUUGGACUCAAGGUCAGUUUUGGGCCCUUCACCUCUCCCGAGAAGCUGAUCACUUUGGUGAACAUCGUGGAUCAUUACCGCCUCAUCUUGUCUGCCAUGCCCUUUGUCUCCGUCGACACGCGCCUCAAGGCGAUGAAGGCACUUCAGGACUUCUCGGCCAGCGACGUCGCUAACGCGAACGCUGGCUCCACGGCCGUGGUCGGCGAGGACAAGCCUUCCCAGAACUAUAAGAGCGGCAACGGGAACUACCUCGCCUUCAGCACGCGCCAGCACGGCCAGGUCACGAACUUGUGGAAUGAGCUCACUACAGGCGACAUGACAUGGGAAGUGGUCAUGAAGUUUCACGAGACACCACCAGAUCAGACGAACAUAAUGGGCUCUUACGAGUUCAACGAUAACACGUACAGCACUUCCAACCGCCGGCGUUCGGUGGGCCUUUUCGUGAGGCCGGAUGGAAAUCAUUUCAUUGGUGGUAUCUUGCAGGGCCCAAUGGGCACCUCGCUGUCUGGCCCCAACUUGUUCGACCACAAGUGGCACCAUGUCGUCCUGGUCCUCUCCAAGAGCACGCAGCAAGCUUACUAUUUCAUAGACGGCGUCAAGAUCAACUCCUGCUCGUACCCUGUUGGUAAUCAUAACCCCUCGAUGGACGGGACAAUAACUAUCGGCGGCGGUCACCUUUCGCGAAACUUUGCCAAUCAGGUGAGCCGAUUUGCAAUCUGGAGUCGAGCUUGGUCUCAGGAGGAUGCUACCCUAGCCAAGACAUGUCGUGUCAGAGCCAACGACCUCAGAGUCCUCUACACUCUCGACGGCGGCUAUGAGGACAUCGAGAAUCACUACCUCGACCUUCGCAGCGUCGGUUCUGCUGGAGCGUUUGUGGCGUGCACCGACUGCCAGCACUGUUCCACCUAUGCCAGUACCGCUGUAAGCAUCCGCUGA